AUGACUUUGAGAAAUUUAUAUACAUCUUUUUACCGACUUCAAAAUGGUUACAAACAUAAAUGUAAAAGUUUAAAUAACAUCACUGUUUAUAGUUUUUCCAGCCAAUCACAUGACCGAGAAAUUACUAAAGAAUUGAGUAACAAGUUUUUUGCUGAACCUGUACAAAACUUAUUGUUUAAACUUACUCAUGUUGAUAUACAGAAAGCAUUUAGAAAGCGUUUUAUUGGAGAAAAUCCUGACACUCCAAUUUAUAAAUUUAUGACCACUGCAGAAGUUGAAAAAAUGCAAGCUGAAGUUAAAUUAAAAGCCAAAGAAAAAGUUCAGAUGCCACCAAUAGUACCAUUACGUACUGAUUUGGGACAAGUAUUGGAAGUUAACAAGGAUAUUAUUGGUUUUGACAGCUCAAAAUUUGUAUUUACAGAUAUUACUUUUGGUGUAUCUGAUAAAAGGCGCAUAGUUGUGGUACGAGAACCUGAUGGAACACUGAGAAAAGCUAACGAGGAUGAACGUCAUGCUGUAAAUCAAAUAUAUUUCCCUCAAUCAGGAAGAGAAUUAAAGCACCCAGUCAUGUUUGAUGAUACAAAUUUGAAGCCUCUUCUUGAAAAUGGUGAUUAUGAAUUCAUAUUGGAUCGAGCAUGUUGUCAAUUUGAACCUGAUGAUAAAAACUAUCACCGUGUUGUAUUUAGUACAUAUAAGCAUGUUGAUGAAUCUAAAAAUUAUCAUGUUUUGGAGUCCACAAGACAUUUAGGACCAUUACUGUUUUACUUGGCUUUUAACAAAAAGCCAGAUAACUUUUUAUUGUAUUGUCUACAAACUGAAAGGUUUGAUGAUAUAAUAUUAUUUAUACAAUUAUAUACAAAGUUAAAUCAAGGUUUGGAAUCUGAAAUGGACGAUUCAAAAGACCAAUUUAAAUUAAUAGAGGAUUUCAUAAAUACUGAAUGUUUUGAUCAAGUAAAUCUGGAAGCAGCAUUAAAAGAUUAUACCACUAGAAAUAGUGAAAUAGCCUCUAAAACAAACUAA